AUGGUGCGUGCAUGUGGCACCCGGCAGCUGCCAGGCGUGGCAUGCGAGGAGUGCCGUAGACGCAAAGCACGAUGUGACCGGGUCCGUCCUCAGUGCGGGAUCUGCGCCGAGGCGGGCCGAAUUUGUGUCGUCGUGGACAAGAGACCACAGAGAGGUCCAAAGAAGGGUCAGAUAAAGGAUCUACGGUCAAGAAUUGCUAUGUUGGAGCAGCGACUCGAAAGUCAAGACUGGCCGUUGGAGUCUGAUGUUGUACCACUGGGACUCGACGAAGUGACGCCGGAACGAGAGAUCUUUGACGAGCGGGGAUCUUAUGCGAGCGUCGAAUUCGACCCGUUUCCGAUGCUUGAUUUCUCCCCCGGCGGAAAGAUGCCGGAAACCUCUGAUUUCAUGGCGGUCUCGGGCUAUGUUUGCAAUGAAUCGCCCGUCAACAGUGGCCUGAUGUCCCCGUAUACGUUCACAACGAAUAUACAACAGGCUCCCAUUACGCCGUUCUCGCCCGUAAAACCCACUGGGAACCAGAUGAUCACUUGUGACGGAGAAUUGCAAAUGUCUGAUCUGGUGCGAAGUGAAUUGGACUUGCUGUAUUUUGAGAGAGUGCACCCCAUCGCUCCCAUGAUCCACAAGCGGCGCUACUUUUCCUGGGCAAGCGACGAGACCCCAACACCAGCUCGGGCCUGCUUACGCUCAGCCAUGCGAACCGUCGCCGCGGCCAUGUCGACACAGCUUCAGGCCUUGGGCGAUGCACUGUACGCCGCCACGCGCCGCAUGCUCGAGGCGCAGGAUGUCCACGGCGAGACCGGCCUGCCCUGGAUGACAAGCGUCAGGGGCCGACAAGGCCAGAUCGAGCACGAGCGCACCCAGGCCUGGCUUCUCCUGGCUCACUACGAGUUCCUGCGCAUGCCUGAGCAGCAGGCCCUGCUCACAGCCGGACGCGCUUUCCGGCUGCUGCAGCUGUCGCGCUUGUUCGACCUGGACGCACAGGAUGAGAAUGCGCCGGCUUUAUCUGCCUCUGACUCCUCCUCCGGUCCGCAGGCCAUGUAUGAGGAAGCCUGGAUAGAGACCGAGGAGAAGAGGCGGACGCUUUGGGCCGCGUUUAUUCUGGAUCGACUCUCGAGCAUGCUCAACGACCGACCAUUGAUGCUGCACGAAGAAAUAAUCCGCACGCGGCUCCCCAUGUCCGAGGCAGAUUUCCAGAAUGGCCGGGAACCUAUCCGCAUGGGGUUCCUCCCUGAAACCACCGGCAAUAGCGACGGCUGCGGCACGCUCCCCCCAUUCGCCGAGUGUGUCGUACUAUCGAAUCUCUUCGAACGCUGCAUCUCUCACCGGCGGCUCGCACAUUCCAUCCCCCUGUCCGGUUCCGAGUCGGCGUCGCAAGCCUUUUGGAAACGACACGAGUGGCUAGCCGCCGCCGCGGCCUCCGCAACAAGGAGUGGGCUUCGCGCGCAGAGCGCCAGCGCAGUACCUGGGGCUAGGGACUCAUCAGUCGCAAAGUGCGACCCCAUGCGGUCGUUCAAUCGCAUCCUGGCCUACAGCGCGUCCGUGUCCCUCAGCAGCACGGCGGAAGCAAGCCCGUGGCAAUCGCUGGGUGAUCACCUGAUGGCUUUGACAUACAAGCAGCUGGCGUACCAGGCUGCGUCCGAGGUCGUCCAUCUCAUGAGAAAUGCUCCUCGAAUUGCUUUCCUAAAAAUGCACCCUUUCCUCCCAAACACGAUAGCCCUAGUGGCCAGCUUCCUCAAUGCUACAUCACCGAAUCUCGCGAGUCCGGACGAGGAGAGACUGGAAGGUGUGAACGAUUUGCUCAGCGCGCUGAGAUACCUGAGUGAUGUCAACAAUUUGGCGAGAGACCUUCUAUAUAAACUCGAAGCAGAUGUUGCACGAACCACGCCAUUGACGAUGAUGCGGUGA